GGCUGGAGGGCGAGCGGGCGCGCGCGCGCACUUCCCCUGCCCCCCGGAGCUUCCCCUCAGACAGCCGCCGAGCGGGCCGGGCCGGGCCGCGGUCACGACGAGGCAGGGGCCUGCCGCUGCCCCCCGAUUCCCCCGGCAUGGGGCGCCACCGGCGCCGGGGCUGCCGACUCCCGCUGGGCCCCGCGCGCCCCGGCCUGCGCCCGCCCUCACGGAGCCUGUAGCCGGAGAAGCCGGGGGAGGCGGCCUGCGGCCUCCGUCGGGCCCCGCCGCGCCCCGCCGCGCCGGGCAUGAGGAGCAGCAGGCGAGGCGGCCGCAGCCGCCGCAGCAGCCCCCCCCGCCGCUGAGCGCCGCCCCCGCCAUGGCCCAGGCCGAGAAGAUGGAGCUGGACCUGGAGCUGCCCCCGGCCGGGAGCGACGGCGGCGGCCUGAGGCGCUCCAACAGCGCGCCGCUCAUCCACGGGCUCAGUGACAAUUCACAGGUUUUUCAGCCUUACGUCUUACGAACCCGCAGGAACAGCACAACAGUUAUGAACCGACACAGCAUGCUGAUAUCAUCAUCUCCAAUCCGUAUCCCUAGUAGUCGACUCCAUCAAAUCAGAAGGGAGGAAGGAGUGGACCUGAUGAACAGAGAAACGGCCCAUGAAAGGGAAGUGCAAACAGCAAUGCAGAUAAGCCAGUCAUGGGAAGAAAGCUUGAGCCUGAGUGACAACGACUUGGACAAAUCUGAAAAAUCGUCGUCUCCAAAGAGAAUAGACUUCAUUCCUGUUUCUCCAGCCCCGUCACCUACCAGAGGUAUAGGAAAGCAAUGUUUCUCACCAUCUCUGCAAAUGUUUGUGAGCAGUAAUGGACUGCCCCCAAGCCCUAUUCCUAGUCCCACAAGGAGAUUUUCGAACAGGAGGAGCCAGAGCCCAAUCAACUGUAUCAGGCCUAGUGUACUUGGUCCCAUUAAAAGGAAAGGUGAAAUGGAAACCGAAAGCCAGCCAAAGAGACUUUUCCAAGGAACCACGAACAUGCUUUCUCCUGAUGUGACACACCUGACUGACCUCAGCUCAUGUCUGUCUUCGGAUAUUCUGGACGGGAGCACGAGCAGCGCCGGCUCUUCCUCCGACUCCUUGGCCAAAGGCGGCACCGCAGCGGAAUCGCCCCUCGCGUGCUCCAACUCGUGCUCGUCCUUCAUCUUGAUGGAUGACCUCUCGCCCAAGUGACCUUUCCCAGCUGUCCGCCUGCGCUGCUCUUUCA